AUCUACCUCUAUUAAUCCAUCGAAUUCUCUACAUUCUUAGUUGGUUGAUGCUUCAAACCCAUUUGACUGCUUAAUUUUAGGGGGGAAAUCAGAGAUCAUGCCUCGAAGAUACGCGUUCGGGAGGGCGGACGAGGCCACCCAUCCUGAUUCAAUGAGAGCCACUCUGGCCGAGCUUGUCUCCACUUUCAUCUUUGUGUUUGCAGGGGAAGGCUCUGUUCUUGCUCUUGCAGACAAGCUGUACAAGGAAACAGGGCCGCCGGCUUCCGGCCUGGUGAUGAUCGCCCUGGCGCAUGCUCUGGCACUGUUCGCCGCGGUGGCAGCUAGCAUCAACGUCUCCGGUGGACACGUCAAUCCAGCUGUCACCUUUGCGGCCCUUGUUGGAGGGAGGAUCUCGGUUGUUCGCGCAAUCUACUACUGGAUUGCGCAGAUCCUCGGUUCCAUCAUCGCCUCUCUCCUGCUCCGUCUCGUCACAAACGGCAUGAGGCCGGUUGGGUUCUAUGUGACAUCCGGGGUGGGCGAGGGGAACGGGCUGAUACUGGAGAUUGUGCUGACGUUCGGGCUGGUGUACGUGGUCUACGCCACGGCCAUCGAUCCCAAGAGAGGGAGUUUGGGGAUCAUGGCGCCACUAGCGAUUGGGCUCAUAGUCGGGGCGAACAUCUUGGUCGGUGGCCCGUUCGAUGGCGCGGCAAUGAAUCCGGCGAGGGCGUUCGGGCCGUCGUUGGUGGGAUGGAGAUGGAAGAACCAUUGGAUCUACUGGCUGGGUCCUUUCCUCGGUGGAGGGUUGGCGGCGAUCAUCUACGAGUACAUGAUAAUCCCUACCGAGCCGCCGCUUCAUACCCAUCAUCAGCCUUUGGCUCCUGAAGACUACUAAAGCUUACUGCCAUUGCUG